UCGUCUGGUUCUCUUCAGCACGCCUACCGGCUUCUACUGGAAAAUAAGCGCCUGCUGCCCAAUCCUUCCCAGCUGGCGUUAGUCGACCGCCUCUCGAAAAUACAGGAUGGCUUCGGUCCGGACAACAGACCCCCGCCGACUGGUCUUUAUAUUCAUGGCUCUGUUGGAACUGGCAAAUCCUACAUUGCGUCUCUGUUCACUUCUACUUUGCCAUCGCACAUCUCUAGGCGACGGGCCCAUUUUCAUGAGUUCAUGCUCGAUGUUCAUUCUCGCCUCCACCAAGCCCGGUCUUCCUCCAGCCGAUACGAUUCCGCCGACCCUCUCCCCAUUAUUGGCAGACAAAUCCAUGCCGAAAGUCGAGUUCUGUGUUUUGAUGAGUUCCAGGUGACAGAUAUCGCGGAUGCGAUGAUUCUGCAACGCCUCAUGGGAUCCUUUUGGGCGGCUGGAGGUGUCAUGGUAGCAACUUCAAAUCGUGCCCCGGAAAAGCUGUAUGAAGAUGGACUUAAUCGCGACCUUUUUCUACCAUUCAUCGCAAUGCUGAAGCAGAGGUGUGAGACUUGGCCACUAGGAGGAGCCAAAGACUAUCGCUUGUUGAGGUCGGAAGGACAGACACAAAAAGUGUUCUUCACCGAUCCUGCCGAGUUUCAGUCGACAUUUGAAGCUGCAACUGGCGGCCAGCAACUAGUGGCUCAUGAGAUUCCGGUCAUGAUGGGCCGUAAACUUGUUGUCGCUGCUAUGCAGACCGACGAAGAC